AUGACGAAAGCAUCGACUCUAGUGAAUGUGAGAUGGUUGGCUGAGAAAAUUACGUCUACUACAAACAAAAAUCUACGAGUUCUUGACUCGUCAAGGUAUCCGUACAAAAACAGGAAUCCACGGGCUGAAUACCAGAAAGAGCACAUCAAGGGAGCUCUGUUCUUCGACAUAGCAGCAUGCUCAGAUGUUACAUCGAAGUAUUUAAAUAUGUUACCAAGCGCCCAGCACUUUGCUGACUGUGUUGGGAAUUUGGGAAUCAGUAACGACACACAUGUUGUCGUCUAUGACACCCAUAAAUGCGGAAUAUUUUCGGCAGCGAGGGCGUGGUGGAUGUUCCAACAUUUCGGACACGACAAUGUCUCUGUUCUGAAUGGGGGAUUACAGAAGUGGAGAAACGAAGGGUAUCCACUGACAGACGAGGUCACAGUAGUUGAGCCGAAAAAGUUUCGGGCUUCACCCUCGAACGUAUCUGAUGUUAAAACGUUUGAAGACAUUGUUCAGAAUAUAAAAGAUGGUGGCUUUCAGUUGGUUGAUUCACGCAGCCCUGAAUUGUAUGCUAUAGAUACACCAUCUGGCGACAUCCCAGGAGCUGUGAAUAUUCCCUUUCCAUCUAUCAUAGAUGAGAACACUGGAGAAGUAAAAAGUGUGAAAGAACUGAAGCAGCUUUUUCAAGACAAGGGCAUACAACUGGACCAGCCUAUAACUGUGACAUGUAGAGCUGGUAUUACUGCAUGUUGUUUGAUAUUGGCCGCUAAAUUGGGUGGCAAAGAUGACGUGUCGUUGUAUGAUGGAUCUUGGAGUGAAUACUCAAUGAGAAAAUUCUCAACUGAUUGA